AUGAAGCAAUCACAGGUUAUCACGGCCCUGGCCGUCAUGUUCGGUGCCGCCUUCAGCGGCGUCUGUGCUGUUCCGGCCCCGCUGCCCCAGCAGGAUCAGCUUCAGCAAUUGCCCAACGUCAACGGUAACGCCAACAAUAACGCCAACGGUAACUCCAACGCCAAGGGAGCCCAGGGAUCCGGCGCCCAGGACCAGGCGCAAGGCAAGCUUGAGCAGCUUCCCGGCGCACCGGUCACCCAGGGUCAACUUGUCGCUCUCCCCGGGGAAGCGACGGGUGAUGCUGCUGCCACCGAGGCUGCGGCGACAGUGACGGAGAGCGAGGCUGCUGCGGCAACUGGCUACGUGGUCAGCACUAGUAGUGCAGUUCUGCAGUCCUUGAGGGUCAAGUCUUCAUCUAGCGCAGCUAUCGCAGUUAAGACCUCCACUGCUGCUGCUGCUACUGCUGUAGCCGAAAAGUCGAGCACGGCAGUUAUGCUCGAGACAUCAGCUGUCGUUGUGGCGCCCACCACCAGCUCCGUACUAGCCGUCGCCACCAAGAGCAUACAAAGCUUCCAGAAGAUCCCUCCCGCCGCUGCAACUGCGGCUGCUGAAAUUGGCGUCAUUGCGGCAAACUCGACCUUGGCCGCAGUGGUAGCUCCCAGCACCUCCGCUUUCGGCCUCCAGACGAUCGGCGCCGGGACCAUCGUGCACGUCUCGUCGACGACGGCCGCGCUGGGAGUGGUGGCUCCUACUACUGUUUCUACCGCGCGAUUUACGGGGUUCUUUAAUGAGACGGCUACUGCUGCCACUGAGGUAGGGCUCGUGGGAACUGGGGCGUCUACCGCGCUCGUUGCGCUGCCUACCGGUGGCGCCGGUGCCAUUGCAGCCUCGGAGUCUCUUCGGGCGCUGCCGACUUCGGGUAGCUCGGGUAGUGGAUCCUCCGAAUCAUCAUCCGGAUCCGAGUCCGGGUCUGCAGGUAACGGAAGCGGUUCGUUGGUUUCGUCCGGUGGCGAGGGCAGCUCCGAUACCACUGCCACAACUACGGCUCUCGAGGCGCUCCCGGCCGAAACAACAGCAAGCGGUCUGCAGCAGCUCCCCGGCUCACUCGCAUCCCUGUCUUCGGCCGCCGCGGCGAGCGCCACGGCCGUGGCUGGCAGUGCUUCGAAUAACAGCACCGCGCUGCCACCGUUUCAAGUUAGUGCGGGGGAGAGGGCUUCGGCUGGGGUGUUGGCUGUGGUGGCGGUUGGGUGUGGGACGGGGCUCUUGGGUGUCUUUGUGCUUUGA